AAACUAUCCGACAAAAAGCGGAAGAACCCUAAUUUUUCUGUCAAAUCCCCAAAAAAGAUCUCUGUCUCGCUUCUCUGGCUGUCUCUUCCUUACCUUCUCCUCCUCCAAAUUCGGAUGAUUCCACAUUUCGAACUUGCAGAGAAUAACCGAGAAAGGGCAUCCCUUUCUUCCUCGCCUCUUCACAUUUCAUGUCUCUUCAAGUCGCUGACUUUCCUCAUGGGUCUCAAACCCUAGUUUUUCUCAUACUUUGUUCCUUCCCUUUCCGUUGGAUCUCUCUCUGAAUCAGAUUACGUGUCCUUGUCUCUUGUCCUGCUCUUCAACUUCUUCUCCGUUGCCUUGUAUGUACCGCCAAAUAUGAGUGACAAAAAGGUGUUUGUGUUUGGAUCCUUUACAGAGAAUGAAACAAGGUCAUUACUUGAGAAGAAACCCAUUAACGCUCCUCUGAGUCAUAAAGAAAAGUCUGUGGGAAGUAUACAGUUUGGUUCCUUUAAUCUUGUUACCGAAAAUUCUCCUGUAAACAGCGCUAAUGGUGUGUUGAAGAAGGGUCAGCCUGAUGUGGCAGUGAAAUCUCGACCCUCUAACUUUCAUAAGGAAGAUAACAAAUUUCAAUCUGCUGUGACUCAAAAGAGCCUUGAUGUUUCUAGACCUAGGAUCAAUGAUAAUGCUGCAAAACACUCUUCAGGAGAGCAUGUGAAAGAAAAUGGAAGUAUUAAAGAGGUUUCUGAAAAAAAACCACCUCGCAACAAUGGUGUGUUGGAGAAGGCAUCAGCAGAUCCUAUUGGUUUGGACAAGUUGUGUGUGUCGUCAGAUGGUGAAAGUGAUUCUUUGUGUAUAGCUUCAAGCUCAAAAUUCCAACUCCUUGACACCGAUAUUUCUUCAUCUGGAAGCACCAUACCAAGAAAGAAUAGCCAGAUGGUUCCUAAUGAAUCUAUUCCAGCCGUGAAAGAUUUUACACCAAGAGGAUUAAUAAACGCUGGAAACUUGUGCUUCCUCAACGCAACACUGCAGGCUUUACUCUCCUGUUCUCCUUUUGUGCAGCUCCUCCAGGGAAUACAACUCCUAAAUAUUCCCAAGGCUGAGUCUCCAACUUUAGCUGCAUUUUCUGAGUUCAUCUCUGAAUUAGAUGUGCCAAGCAGUUCAAGCUUCAGAAAUAACGUUGCCGUUGUUGAGUCUGGUAGACCAUUUACACCUGCCAUGUUUGAAGGGGUCCUUAGAAACUUUACCCCAGAUGUUCUCAACAACAUGUCUGGCCGCCCAAGGCAGGAAGAUGCUCAGGAAUUUUUGAGCUUUAUAAUGGACCAAAUGCACGAUGAGUUACUGAAACUCAGGAAAGAUUCCCCCAAACUCACGGCUUCAAACUCCUCAGUUGUUUCUUCUGGCAACGAGGAUGAUGAAUGGGAAACAGUUGGACCCAAAAACAAAUCUGCUGUGACAAGAACACAAAGCUUUGUUCCUUCUGAACUCAGUGAUAUAUUCGGUGGGCAGCUAAGAAGUGUAGUGAAGGCAAAAGGAAACAAAGAUUCUGCUACUGUGCAGCCAUAUCUCUUACUUCACCUUGAUAUUCACCCGGAAGCAGUGUGUACUAUAGAAGAUGCAUUGCAUUUGUUUUCUGCUCCAGAAGAUCUUGAAGGAUAUCGAGCCUCCGUUACGGGGAAGGCAGGUGUAGUGAGUGCUAGAAAGUCGAUAAAGAUACAGAAACUCUCAAAGAUAAUGAUACUGCACCUUAUGCGUUUUAGCUAUGGAAAGCAAGGGAGCACUAAGCUGCAUAAACCUGUUCACUUUCCCCUCGAGCUCAACCUAGGCCGCUACCUUCUUGUUUCUCCCUCCAACGGGGGUUUAAAGUAUGAACUUGUGGCAACGAUUACCCACCACGGAAGGGAUCCCUCGAAAGGACACUACACCGCAGAUGCACGAAGAAAGAACAAUCAAUGGCUUAGGUUUGAUGAUGCAUCUGUGACUGCCAUAGGGACAAAACAGGUUUUGCACGACCAAGCUUAUGUUCUGUUCUACAAACAAGUGUAAUAGAAUCAAAAGCAAAUCUAUUUAGAUGGUCGGGGAAUGGAGAGUAACAAUGUUCUCAUUAUAAAAACUUUGAAGGAGAGCAAAAUCUCAGUAGGUAAAUAGUUUUAGAGUAUCUGGUUUACAUGAAAGUUUUGUUUUGGUUCCUUUGAUAUGGGGAGUGUUUUAUUGUGAUUCAAACAUUUAUUAUUAUUACUUCUUAGACUUGUAUUCAGAAAUUAUUGAUUUAUGCUACUUAGUUUCUUGUUAUUCAGCCAAUCUUAUUGUUGGUAGAACCAAAUCAGUCAAGUUGUAGGCUUGUAGCUAUGAAUAGAUAAAC